AUCCUGAACACAAGCACUUGAUUUAAUAUUUUGUAUUUUUCACAAAUGGUGGAUAUGUCAGUAUCUCACCAUGUUAUGUUUUUCAGCCUGAACAGCUGUAAACUCACAGAGAAAUGCUGUGGGACACUGGCUUCAGCUCUAAGAUCAAACUCCUCACACCUGAGAGAGCUGGACAUGAGUCACAAUGACCUGCAGGAUUCAGGAGUGAAGCGGCUCUCUGCUGGACUGGGGGAUUCACACUGUAAACUGGAGAUACUGAGGAUGGAAAGUUGCAGAGUCAGAGGAGAUGGCUGUUUCUCCCUGGCUUCAGCUCUGAGAUCAAACCCUUCACACCUGAGAGAGCUGGAUCUGAGCUACAAUCACCCAGGAGAUUCUGGUGUGAAUCUGCUCUCUGAUGUACUGGAGGAUCCCAACUGCAAACUGGAGAAGCUGAUGCUGUCAGGCUGUAGAGUCACAGAGAGAGGCUGUUCUUCCCUGGCUGCAGCUCUGAGGUCAAACCCCUCACACAUGAGCAAGCUGAAUUUGAGCUACAAUCACCCAGGAGACUCAGGAGUGAAGCUGCUCUCUGCUGUACUGGAGGAUCCCAGCUGUAAACUGGGGAAGCUGAAUGUGGAUCUCGGUGGAGAGUGCAGGACCAGACCAGGCUUACAGAAAUACUCCUGCCAGCUGACGCUGGACCCCAACACAGCACACAGAGACCUGUCUAUGUCAGAAGGGAACAGGAAGGUGACAAAUUGGGCAAAGGAGCAACAAUAUCCUGAUCAUGUAGAGAGAUUUGAUUGCUGGCCCCAAGUUCUGUGCAGAGAGAGUCUGACUGGCCGCCGUUACUGGGAGGCUGAGUGGGAUGGAGAUGGAGCCCGGAUAGGAGUGACUUAUAAAGGAAUUAGGAGAAAAGGAGGAAGUGCAGACUGUGUGCUUGGAAACAAUGACAAGUCAUGGAGUCUGUGCUGUGAAACUCACAGUUACUCCGUCCUGCACGAUAAUAAACGGACUCUCAUACCCAUAGAGCCCUCAGGCUCCCGCAGAGUAGGAGUGUAUCUGGACUGGGUGGCUGGUACUCUGUCCUUCUACAGAGUCUCCUUUGAUGGACUGACCCUCCUGUACAGCUUCACCUCCACAUUCACGGAGGCCCUGCAUCCAGCCUUUUAUGUUAAUCAGUACUCAUCAGUGUCCUUUUGAAUGCUGUAAUAGCUCACUGUUUUGUUGGAGGAAUCAUUUUUACUU